UAUAUAUAUAUAUAUAUAUAUAUAUGUGUGUGUGUGUGUGUGUGUGUGUGUGUGGGUGUGUGUAGGCGGUACUAUAUUUGUGGCGACGUGUGUCUUACAUAAAACUCUACUGUGGCUACUGCUGAAAAUUGUGGCGACUUGCACACGUCGCCACAGACAUUUUAUGAAAUUAUUCGCUACUGGCUCAUUUCAACCAAUGAAAUCGCUAGUUGGCGAACGUCUGCCUGCCAGUCAAUUGUGAUCCUCAAGCAUUCUUACCGUUGGAUCAAUUAUUCUGCGCAAAAACCUGAAAAGUGUGUAAGUCGCCACAAUUCGGUUUCAUGAACCGUGCUCAUACACACAAGAUUGUGGAGACCAUUUAUUUUGCGACACGAGCGCCUCUUACUGAAACAAUUUGGAAUGAUUUCACUGUUGCAGUUGUGUUUAAUUUCUCAUUUAAUAGGAGAGAACACGUGUUAGUUCUGUGCGUGUUAUGAUUUAUUAUAAUUUGUGGCAACCUCAGUAUAUUCAUCUUAUUCAUGAUGUUAUCAAGAACAAAAAGGAUGGUGACCAUGGCAAGGAACCAAGAUAACCUGCCUUGUGAGUGUUUUUAAACCUUCUGGAGAAGGAGUGGGCAUCACGCAUAUCUUCCAAUGCUCUUAAUACUUUGUACAGCCGAAAGAUGAACAAAACUCAACUACUACCUAUCACUGAAGAUCUGUUAAAACUUAACACAUUCAUUAGUAACUCUAUCAAAAUGUACAAGGAACGCCUACAGACAUUUUCAGAUUCCGAAGCUGGAAAAUGCUAGCGUAUUGCUUACUGGCAAGAAUAAUACUUUUUAAUAAGCGCAGAUCUGGGGAAGCCGCAAGACUAACUAUAGAUAGCUACAACUCAAGACCUCAAUGGAGUGAACAAUCCACGACUGAGUUGAAAAAUUCCCUAACACCAUUUGAGGUGAAACUUGCCGAACGAUUAGCGGUAGUAGAAAUUCCUGGGAAAAGGGCCAAGAAAGUACCAGUUCUUCUUACGGAUGAGGUUAGGGUAGCGCUCGACUUGUUAAUAUCAAAAAGAACAGAUUGUGGAAUAUCUGGUAAUAACCCAUAUAUAUUUGCUUGCUCGAAGAAUUCGACUCAAUCCUUAAGGGGGCAUGCUUAUCUUUCGAAGAUGUGCAAACUGGCUGACUUGAGAAAUCCUGAACUGAUUACAGCUACUAAGCUAAGAAAAUAUGUGGCUACCGUAUGUCAGGUGUUUGAUCUGACUGAAACCGAAUCUGACUGGUUAGCAAGACAUUUGGGCCACGACAUACGGGUCCACAGAGAAUUUUAUCGCUUACAUGAGAGCACCGUGGAACUGACCAAAGUUAGUAAAUUGCUGAUGGCGGUUGAUGAAGGAAAAGUGAGCACCUUCGCUGGGAAGUCACUAGCAGAUAUAGACAUAGACGAUUUACCACAAAUAGGGGAAAGUGAGAAUGGAUCGGAUUGUGAGGCAGAGUUGGACGGUCAAAUUUCACCGCAAGACAAUCCACCUACAGAAGUCUCAAAGAAUGCAUCUCCUACAGAACUCCCAAAGAAUGCUUCUCCAAAGCGGACUUUACAGAAAAAAGGUAAACAACCAUGGACACCAAAAGAAAAGGAAGCUGUCCUGACCUAUUUCAAAAUUAAUAUCAGGAACUCAAUAGUACCAGGGAAAAUAGACUGCAUGAAAUGCAUCGAAGCACAUCCUCUGCUGGAUCAGAGAGACUGGAAGAAAAUUAAAUAUGCAGUGAAAAACGUCAUAGAUAAAAACAAAAAGCUAAAAAAGAAACAUACAAUGUAACAAGUUUUAAUUUUGCAUUUUUUUUGCUCUGCAAUACAGUAAGAAGGGCCUGUAAGGCUAUUUGUUGAACUAAUUACUAAACUAAAUAGGUUUUAUUAUUAUUCUAUUCAUUGUGUAGCUACUAUUAACAUGCACAAAAUAAAGCCUUACGGUAUGAAGUUCAUGAAAAUUGGCCUUAAAGAAUUAUUCUAAUAAAUUGUUGUUUAAUGACUCUAAUCGACUGAGACUUCCUAGGAGAGACCAAGUUUUUCAUACCUUUUCGCCAGGAAACAAACCAAGUCAUAAAGAGGCCUUAGAGACCCUCCUUUUAUAAAGAUGUAUCUGUACGUGUUUAUUUUUUAUUUAGGAAACUACUUUACGCUUCGUACAGCGUAUAUUUCUUGCACUGUAAGAGAUUUUAAGUUUUUGGGUGG